AUGCGCCUUACACAAGCCGCUGUCGUUGCCAUCUUGGCCUUCACAGCCGCUGCAAAGCCCAUCGCCGUCCGUGGUGAUGAUGUGAAAGCCCAUGAGUACCAGAAGUGCUGUGAGCAGCGCGACAAGUACGAUCAUGGCAAGGUCUGCAUUCCUCCCAAGGUGGAGGUACCCCACGUACCCGAGCCUAUAGAGGACGGCAAGCAUCCCGACGAGCACUACCAUGCCGAGCCGCCUAAGGGUGACGAGCACAAGAACGAAGAGCCGCCAAAGCCGAGCCCGGAGCACCCCGAAGCACCCAAAGAAGAGGGGGAGAAAGACGAUCAUGAUGAUGGCAGCUACAAGCCUCAACCCCCGAAGCCGGAACCAGAGCAUCCAGCUCCAGAGGACGACAAAGAUGACCACGAUGACGGCAGCUACAAGCCUCACCCACCUAUGCCGCAGCCAACACAUCCAGCCCCGCAGCCUGAGCACCCAAAACCCGAGCAUCCAGCUCCAGAAGAAGACAAUGACGAUCACGAUGACGGCAGCUACAAGCCUCACCCGCCUAUGCCGCAGCCAACGCAUCCAACACCUCCGAAGGAGACGACGCAUCCGGCGCCGCCUAGGGAAACGCAUCCAGCUCCUCCAGCUCCCCCCAAAGAAACGCAUCCAGCUCCUCCAGCUCCCCCCAAAGAAACGCAUCCAGCACCGCCCAAGGAAACACAUCCAGCUCCUCCAGCACCUCCCAUGGAGACACAUCCAGCACCGCCUAAGGAAACGCAUCCAGCUCCUCCAGCACCUCCCAUGGAGACACAUCCAGCACCGCCCCAGGAGACGCAUCCAGCACCGCCCCAGGAGACGCAUCCAGCACCUCCCAAAGAAGAGCACUUACCCCCAUCGCCAAAGCCGGUCCCAGAGGCUGACCAACAUGGGUAUUACACCUUCGGCGAGGAGAUUAGUCUGAAAUGUGAGGGUGGCAAAAUCGUAGUCAAGGGCCACAAGUACUAG